AAACUCGGCCUCAACAUGUCGGACUUCUCGUUCUGCGACUCCUCACUCUCCUACAAGGAGAGAGCGAAGGAUUUGGUGAAGCGGAUGACCCUCCAAGAGAAGGUACAGCAGCUCGGCGACCUCGCCUACGGAGUCCCGAGGCUAGGGCUUCCCAAGUAUGAGUGGUGGUCCGAGGCACUCCAUGGCGUCUCUAACGUGGGCCCUGGGACCUUCUUUGAUGAUGUUGUUCCCGGCGCGACGAGCUUCCCAACCGUCAUCCUCACGACCGCCUCCUUCAAUGAGUCUCUAUGGAAAAGUAUUGGCCAGGCUGUUUCGACCGAAGCGAGAGCAAUGUACAACCUAGGAAGGACCGGGUUGACGUAUUGGAGUCCGAACAUUAACGUGGUAAGGGACCCCAGGUGGGGACGAGCUCUGGAAACCCCCGGGGAGGACCCUUUCGUGGUCGGGAGGUACGCCGUGAACUACGUCCGCGGCUUGCAAGACGUUGAGGGAGCCGAGGUCACGGCCAACCCGAACCAAAGGCCUCUCAAGGUCUCCUCAUGUUGCAAGCACUACGCAGCGUACGACAUCGAUAACUGGCUAGGGGUCGAUCGUUUCCACUUCGACGCGACGGUACGCGAGCAAGACAUGGAGGAAACAUUCCUCAGGCCUUUCGAGAUGUGCGUGAAAGACGGCGACGUCAGCAGCGUCAUGUGCUCUUACAACAGAGUCGACGGGAUUCCAACUUGCGCCGAUCCGAACCUCUUGAAGGAUACGAUCAGAGGAGAGUGGGAUCUUCACGGGUAUAUCGUCUCCGACUGCGACUCUAUCCAAGUAAUGGUGGAUUAUCACAAGUUCCUCGGCGACACAAACGAGGACGCCGUGGCGAGAGCGCUCAAAGCAGGUUUGGACUUGGAUUGUGGAGUUUACUACACGAAUUUCACGGCCGAUGCCGUGAUGCAAGGGAAGGUGAGGGAGAGAGAGAUCGACAGCUCGUUGAACCAUCUCUAUGUCUUGCUCAUGAGGCUAGGGUUCUUCGAUGGAAGUCCGAAGUAUGAAUCCCUCGGCAAGGACGAUGUUUGUACCAAGUCGAAUAUCGAGUUAGCAGCUCAAGCGGCGAGGGAAGGAAUCGUUCUCUUGAAAAAUAACCAAACCCUCCCUCUUAGUUAUCACAAAGUCAAAACCCUAGCCGUCGUCGGCCCUCACGCCAACGCCACCGCGGCGAUGAUCGGCAACUAUGCCGGCAUUCCGUGCCGAUACACCGCGCCCAUCGACGGCUUCUCGAGGUAUGGAAAGGUGAAGUACGAGAUGGGGUGCGGGGACAUCGCUUGCAAGAACGACAGCUUCAUUUUCCAGGCCAUGAAAGCCGCCGCGCAGGCCGACGCGACGAUAGUCUUGGCGGGACUGGAUCUGUCGGUGGAGGCCGAGGGUUUGGACCGGACCGACCUCUUCCUUCCCGGCUACCAAACUCAGCUCAUCAAUCAAGUGGCCGAGGUUGCCAAGGGCCCCGUCGUCCUCGUGAUUCUAUCGGCCGGCGGCGUCGACAUCUCGUUUGCGGAGGAAAAUCCGAAAAUCGGCGGCAUCUUGUGGGCUGGAUAUCCCGGAGAGGAAGGUGGUCGAGCUAUUGCCGAUGUUGUCUUUGGCAGAUAUAAUCCUGGUGGAAGGCUACCGCUAACAUGGCACACGGCGGACUACGUCGAUAUGUUGCCCAUGACAUCGAUGACGCUGAGGCCGGACCCCUCCCUGGGCUACCCGGGACGCACCUACAAGUUCUUCAACGGCUCCGUCGUGUACCCCUUCGGCUACGGGCUAAGCUACACGUGGUUCAACUACACGCUGACGCCCGCGAAUAAGCAAUCCGUCCACAUCAGGUUGGGGAGUCUCGACUACUGCCGCGACCUCGACUACAGCCCCGGCACCAAGAGGCCGCCGUGCCCCGCGGCGCCCAUCGAGGACUUGGAUUGCGGCCUCCACCACAUCGAUUUCGAGGUGGAAGUGAGGAACACCGGGACGAGGGACGGGAGCGACGUCGUCUUGGUGUACUCGAAGCCUCCUGAUGGGAUCUUGGGCACCUACAUAAAGAAAGUGAUUGGGUUCAAGAGGGUCUUCGUCAGUGCUGGAAGUAGCCAUAAGGUUCAUUUCAAGAUCGAUGCUUGCAAGGGCUUGGAAUUGGUCGAUUACGCCGCGAGUCGCGUCCUGCCAUCUGGGGGUCACUCCAUUGUGAUCGGAGAUGAUAUUGUUUCUUUUCCUUUUCAAGUUAACAUCAGUUAA